AUGAAGUUCGCAAAGGAGCUCGAGCAGGACCUCGUGCCAGAAUGGCGCGUCAAAUAUCUCGAUUACAAGGCCGGCAAGAAGCUCAUUAAGAAAGUGUCUCGCGCCAUCAAUCGUGCCAAUGGCAGUCCGCAAGGGAACUCGGGCAAGCUCAACAACCGCGGAACAUCCAACUUCUUCAAUAGCGACAAUGCGAGGGAGACGAAUCCCGACGAGAGAACAUCGCUGCGGGAGGGCUCUGCUCCGGUCGGCUCUGCCCGACAGAAGCCCAUGACGCCCGCGCGAGCGAUCCCUGCGAACCACGAACACCAGACCCUGACGAGUGGCUCGAAUGAUAUGCAAUAUGGUAGCUUCGUGCAUACGCCGCCCCAGCACGAGGGAGCUCCCCUCGAUCGGCGGCCGACCUUCGAGCUUCCUGACCCUGCGAUGAGGGUGCCUUCCCGAACGACGGACCAGGGUGCUGAAGGGGCUCAUGCGCAGGAAAGCCCAAUGGCCAGGCAAGCUCUACAGCGCAGCGCAUCCAUGAUGACGGAUCCACGAAGCAAUCAGCCCUCUGCGCCUGAACAGACGCACUCUCCUUCGUCAAUGAGACUCCCUCACUCCGCUACUAUCGGGUCCGCACUGGCAAUGGAGCCCGGGGGGAUUGAAAAGGCAGAAUUCGAAAACUUCCUAGACGAUCAGCUGAACACGGUGGAGAGGUUCUACAAGGAGAAGGAGGACGAGGCUGGACAGCGCCUCAAGGUGCUUAAGGAGCAGCUUCACGAAAUGAGAAACCGACGAACCCAGGAGCUCAACGCUCAAAAGCAACAGGCCGAGAUGGAGUUCAUGCACGGCCACCACGGACAUGGCGACGGUGCGAAGAACGGUCCACUCGGCUGGAUUGAUCCGGUUAGGUCUAAGAUCUUCAGACCAGGACCCAACUCCAGGAACUUGUCGAAAAUGGCUCGCACCCCAGUCAUGCGUCCUAGGGAGGGCCAAGACGCGAGGAUGGACUACAUCCGUCGACCACCAGAGCAUGAGGUUCCCUACCGGUCCGCGAAGCGCAAGUUGAAGCUUGCCCUCCAGGAAUUCUACCGUGGCCUGGAACUCCUAAAGUCCUACGCCAUCCUCAACCGGACUGCGUUCCGCAAGCUGAAUAAGAAGUACGACAAGGCCAUCAAUGCCCGCCCUCAGUACCGUUAUAUGACCGAGAAGGUGAACAAGUCGUGGUUCGUCAACAGCGACGCCCUAGAUGGACAUAUCAAGGCCGUCGAGGACCUAUACGCCCGCUACUUUGAGCGCGGCAACCACAAAAUCGCUGCGGGUAAGCUGCGAAGCAUGGCUCGCAAACCUAGAGACGAGUCUGGCAGCGCCUUUAGGUGCGGUAUUCUUCUCGGUACUGGUGCUGUCUUUGGCAUCCAAGGCGCCAUCUUGGGUGUCCAGCUCUUGUGGGACCAUGACGCCCAUGUCCGCGAACAGACGAGCUAUCUGUUGCAGAUUUACGGCGGUUACUUCUUCAUGCUCCUGCUGUUCUGUAUGUUUUGCAUCAACUGUGCAAUCUGGACCAGGAACAAGAUCAAUUAUCCAUUCAUCUUCGAAUUCGACACAAGGAACAACCUUGACUGGCGACAACUAGCCGAGUUUCCCAGCCUGUUUACAUUUAUUUUCGGCCUCUUCCUAUGGCUCAACUUCAGCUCCUACGGUUCGGACGAGGUGUACGAGUACUACCCGGUUGCUCUCAUCUUCGUAUCGGCCCUGAUCAUCUUCCUUCCCCUCCCUGUUCUCAAAGCUAGGAGUCGAAAAUGGUUCGCAUAUUCUCAUUGGCGUCUCUUGCUCGCUGGUCUUUACCCUGUCGAGUUCCGAGACUUCUUCCUCGGCGACAUAUACUGCUCUCUGACCUACGCCAUGUGUAACGUCGAGCUGUUCUUCUGCGUCUAUGCCAAUGCAUGGGACAACCCAGUCCAGUGUAACUCGAACCAUUCCCGCCUUCUAGGCUUCCUAGGUGCACUUCCCCCGAUCUGGCGCUUCCUCCAAUGCCUGCGCCGAUACAGAGACACCCGCAACAUCUUCCCGCACCUCAUCAACGGCGGAAAGUACACAAUGUCCAUCCUCGCCGCAAUGUCCCUCUCAAUGUACCGCAUCAACAACACUAGAGGCAACCUGGCUAUGUUCAUUACCUUUUCCACAGUCAACGCCAUCUACACAUCAAUCUGGGACAUCUUCAUGGACUUUUCCUUAUUGGACCCCAACCCCAAGAAGAAGCCCCCCGGCAAGCCUGACGAGAAGCCCAGCAAAUUGCCCGUCCUCCGUCAAACCAGAGCCCUCAAGAAGACUUGGCUCUACUACUUCAUCGCCGUCGUCGACCCCAUCCUCCGCUGGGCCUGGAUCUUCUAUGCAAUCUUCACUCACGACACCCAGCACUCCACCAUCGUCUCCUUCCUCGUCGCCCUCGCAGAGGUCUCCCGCCGCGGCAUGUGGACCCUUUUCCGCGUCGAGAACGAGCACUGCGCAAACGUCACAGCGCGCAAGGCCUCUCGCGACGUGCCCCUUCCCUACCCGACGGAGUCUCCCACGCGCUCGCCGACCAUCAGCGAUGCCGGCAAGGACGGCGCCGUGCUUGAGACGACGGGCACCGCAGACGCUCCGGGCAUGGCAGGCGCCAGCGGGGCUACCACGUCGUCGUCGCGUCGCAUGGAGGAGGGCACAGUCAGACGGCGGAAGUCGAGCGUCGCGAUGCCGCCACCGCAGAGGACUUUCACCUCGAUAUUGGCCGAGGCGCAUCGGCAGGACUUUGAGAAGAGGAAGAAGCCCAUUGAGGAGGUCGAGCCGCAGUUGGAGGAGGCUGGGGGCAUGGCCAGCGACGAUGGGUCCGGCAGUGAUGACGACGAUGACGAUGAUGGGGAUAGGUCUGAUGCGGCGUCUGAGGCGGACUCGAUGGAGGUUAGAGAGGCACGGGAGCUGGGUGACGACGGACGGCAGGGAACCAGGCGGGCUUAA